AUGACUUCCGCUCGUAUUAAAGAUAAAGCUGAGACUCUUCGCUCUCUCUUGUCCUUCCUCACCCACGCUACUGAAACCAUCAUCAAAGAAUGGGAGACUGAUGCCCAAGACCCGAAGCACGACCCGCUUCUUCCCUCCGAGACAUUGUACGAUGUGCGGCAGGCGGUCGUUGGCGCUUGCGGAAUGUAUACGGACCUCGUUCAAGAGCCUCAGCAUCGGCUGAUGGAGCUAUCUCUCCAGCCUUUCGCCUCCAGGGCUCUGCAUGUUGCUGCUACAGCUAGCAUUGCAGACAUCAUUGCCGAAGCGGAUGCAGGCUCUGGUGUCGAUCUGAAGAUGAUCAGUACGAAAUCCGGUAUUGAACAGAUUAAACUUGCGCAGGUCCUACACGCACUGUGCUCAGCAAACGUCUUUGCCGAGAUUGAACCCAACUACUUCGUCAAUAACGAAAUUAGCCAACAAGGGCUCUCCAUGUACACCUCCUCUGUCAAUCUUCCUUCCGUGCUGUUAAAUUCCGUUCAAGCUGAAAAAGCUGGAAUCAACCAGACCGCAUUCGAAAAAACAUUUGGAACGACUGUCUGGGACUAUCUUGAGGGGAACACGUCGAAAAUCGACGACGCCCGGAAUCCUCGACGGGAGUUAGAGGUAUUUGCUCAUGCUAUGAUAGGUGCUGGAAGAAUACACUCGACGCCUAUUUAUGCAGAUUACCCUUGGGAAAGCCUUCGGAAGAGUGAAAUUGUUGAUGUUGGAGGCGGAGUCGGUGGGAUGAGUCUCGACCUGGCCAAGCGAUUCCCUUGUUUGAGAUUUAUUAUACAAGACCGCGCAGCCGUCAUACCGCAGGCGGAAGUUGUGUGGCAACAUGAACUCCCCGAAGCCAUCUCUACGCAACGUGUACAGUUCAUGCCGCAUGACUUCCUGACUGAGCAACCAGUCAAGGGUGCGAAUGUGUAUCUAAUGCGCUAUGUCCUGCAUGACUGGCCUGACGAGCAGUGUAUCACAAUCUUGUCGAAACUUCGCGAUGCCAUGGGGCCUCAUUCGCGCAUCCUGAUUGUGGACCAAAUAAUGCGCACUACUCUGGGCUCUCCCCAUUUGAAGCGAGCCCCUGCUCCUCUUCCGGCAAACUAUGGCCACGCGCAGCUCUUCUCGCAUAUGGUCGACCUUGCCAUGCUCUCUGUCUUCAACAGCAAGGAGCGAACCCCGGAAGAGUUUUCUGCUCUGGCGCAGAAAGCUGGGUUGAAAGUAGUAAAGAUCUGGGAGUGUAGGUCCAUCAUGGGUGUGACAGAGAUGAGAAGGAGCGAUGCGUCAUCAGAGUAG